AUGAAGACUUUACAGGCAUCUUUGCUUAUCUGCAUCUCACAGGCAUGGGCCGCUCCAGCUCCGCAAGCUUCUUCCUGCGCGCUCGACCCCGUUAAUGGGCCACCUGGAGCUUCAGGUAGUUUAAGACCAUGUCCAGAACUUGUAGGAUACGACCCAUCGAACAGCGUUCCGAAAUCUCCAUCGACAGUGAUUCCACCUGACGAAUUCGAAUUGGCACCCGGCCAGUCUGACGACGCGGAGCUAGGCCUCUUCAUCGAUCUGUCCAAAGUGAAAAAUCCACAACCUAUCCGGGGUGGAACAACUGGCCCAACUGAUCCCGGACCGAGGACCGAGGCCUACGAUCGCCUGAACAGUGAUCUCUUCAUACCGCCGAGCACUGACUCUGGCGACGUUUCGAACGCCAAAUGGCCCUUCUCUCUAUCGCACAACCGCCACGGCCUUGCAGGUGCCGGAUGGGCCCGAAAUCAGAACCAAGACCAACUUCCCAUCGCUACUGCCAUGGCAGGUGUAGACAUGCGCCUAUCACCGAACGCAUACCGCGAGCUCCACUGGCAUAAGUCAGCUGAGUGGGCCUUGAUGCUUAAUGGAAGUGCUCGUAUUGCAGCGGUCAAUGAAGACGGCCAAAACUUCAUUGAUGAUGUGACCGAGGGUGAUGUCUGGUUCUUUCCCGCAGGUGUUCCGCACUCGAUUCAAGCUUUCGAGAACGGCUGCGAGUUUCUGCUCGUAUUUAACGAUGGGGCCUUCAGCGAGGAGAACACGUUUUUGCUCACCGAGCUCAUCGACAGGACUCCCGAAACUGUUGUUGCCAAAAAUUUCCGCACUUCCGUUGAUACUUUUAAGGCUGUUCCGGACAAGCAACUCUGGAUCUUUCCCGGCACCCCGGCGCCUGCAGACAUAGAAAAGCAGAAUCAAACCGGUCCUGCUGGAUUGAUCCCUAAGAAAGACACCUACAGCUUCCAUUGGUCUGAACAGCAGCCCUAUCGGGUUCCAGGCGGGAGCAUCAAGAUCCUAGACCCGGAAACAUUUCCCAUUGCUGCCGGAUUUUCCGCCGCCCUAGUAACGGUUGAACCCGGAGCGAUGCGCGAGAUGCACUGGCACACAACAUCGGACGAAUGGACAUAUUUCAUCCAGGGCCAGGCCCGUCUCACCGUCUACCAAGCCCCCUCCUCAUCGCGCACCUUUGAUUUCAACGCUGGCGAUGUUGGCUAUGUCCCUGUUCCGAACGCGCACUACCUCGAGAACACUGGAAACCAGACCCUUAUCUUUCUGGAAGUGCUACAAGCGCCGCGGUACGCGGAUAUCAGCGUCAACCAGUGGCUGGGUAUUACGCCGAGACAGGUUGUAAAGGACCACUUGAAGGUUGGAGAUGCGUUUUUGGACACGUUGCCGAAGGUGAAGCCGUUCAUUGUUCCUGGUAACAAGGACCUCCUUGCUACGAACUUUACUGGAAAUCCUUUGUAA